GUCAUUGCUCCUCCGCCAACGGCGGCGAUGGAUCCGAGGCAAUCAAGGCCGAGCGCAAUAUAGAACUGCAAGCUCUAACCGACGACUUGCACAAGUUCACACCAGAACAAGACCAGACAGUCACACUCACUUAUGAUACAAACAGCGAAGGUGUCAAGAGCGGAGUGGUGGUAGUCACGUUCAACGUACCAGACAAGCUGAAUGCCCUCACGGAGGUUAUCGGUCAUGUCUUCGAGAAACGCAUGAGGCAGAUCCGAG